AUACAGCAGUAUUUUAGUGGGUGUGGACUAGGCAAACUGUUUCGUAAGUGACACUGCAGGGACAUUACGCCAAGGCUAAAGAAAGGGUUUUUCCCUUGUAAAUGUUAGCCUGAUGACUCUGAAAACAAUAAGCUUAUGAGCUGGUGGAGGGUAUUUUACCAUUGUUGUGGAUGAUGCAGAGCGUUUACUUCAUCCUCUCUGUUUCAUUAAUCAGAGCCUCAAAGAUGAUGUUUCUCACACUUUCGUAAGAUAAAGAAGAACUAUCAUGAUCAACAGGAAACCAGCAGCAUGAGAGAAUGCGACAUUCACACACACACACACACAAACACACACAUCCCUUAAAUCCUGUUGAAAGUUGAAAUCUCGCAAUCUCACUUCACACAAUGUCACAUGCAUAAAAUUCACAUGGAUAUUUUUGACUGCGUGUUGUUGGAUGUUGUUGGCCUUAAAAAAAAAAGGAAAAAAAGGAUUUAAUCACCUUUAUUCGUUACAAUCGUGUCACAAACAUCAGUUUGUUGUCUUUGCUGAAAUCACGGCAGCACUUUUUGCCAAAGCGAAAGCAGCAAUUUGUGACACCGCUGGGAAACCCCAACUCUUUCAAAGGUCCCGAUUUAAUUUUUGUUUUUUCGUUCUGGUUUCUUGUAAGUGCUCUCUCUCUCUCUCUCCCUAGUGCUCAGUACAUUUUCGCUUAGGGUUGUGGGGAUUUCGAAAAUGAUUUUUAUUUGAGUUGAAAACCGACGAGAAGAUGUCCGCUCGUGAUCGUGAUGUUGUGAGAACGGUGUUCGGAGUCUGAAACAUGCCUGCCGUUUCCACAUCAAUUCAAGACUGAAUGUGCCGGGUGGCCGUUACUGCAGUUGGUAGCAUGUCAGAUUGUCACAUGAUCCAUUUCCUCUCUCACUGUGGCACUGUAACAAGUUCAAACCACCAAGUUCCUUAGCCACAAUAUCUGUGCCCCUAUCUGCAACUGACACUCAUAUGCCUACCUGCCUCCAGCCUCGUCGGAUGCCGUGUUCCCUGUGGUGGCAAAAGUCCUUUCCCUGAAAUCAUGACUGGGAAUUCGAGCAGCGCUAGCAGGCUAGACAACGCCACCCUGCUCAUGUUUCAGAAUGUAAACGCCAGCAUUGCCAUCUCCAUCGUCUACAUGAUCGUCACCGCCAUCAACUUGGCAGGAAAUGGUCUGUCAAUGUGGCUGCUCAUCUUUCGUACCUCUCCCAAAACCCCCUCCAUCAUCUUCAUGAUUAACCUCACCCUCACCGACUUGGCUCUCGGCACCGCCCUGCCCUUCCAGAUCAACUACCAGCUCCACGGCUACAAUUGGGAUCUGGGGCCUAAUAUGUGCAGUUUCCUGACCAUGGUUUUCUUCACCAACAUGUACUGCUCCGUCCUGACGAUGAUGGCCAUCGGCAUUGACCGCUACCUGGGCAUCGUCAGGCCCAUGCUGUUCAGGGAGACCAGGGAGAGGAAGUCCAUCGCCGUCUUUAGCUGCCUUCUGAUGUGGGCCUUGGUGCUGACCGUUCUCAACCCGCUCAUGACCACCGACCUGACCUUCAACAUUCCUGAACUCGGGAUUACCACGUGCUUCGACGUGCUGAAGAAAGACAUGCUCCCCAGCUUGACAGCCUGGGCGACCUUCCUCUUCAGCAUGGCGUUUGUCCUCUUCCUCUUCCCCUUCUGUGUCACAACAUUCUGCUACGUCAGUGUCAUACGCAAACUCUCCAGAGAUUCCAAGACGGCCCAGAAAAGGCGGGCGAUAAAUCUGGCCGUCAUCGUCCUCCUCGUCUUCACGAUCUGCUUUGCGCCCAACAACAUCCUCCUUCUGGCUCACACUGUGCUCAGACUCUUCUAUAAGAAGUCUCUCUACCUGGCCUACAAACUGUCUCUGUGUUUCAGUUGCGUGAAUAGCUGCCUCGAUCCAUUCAUUUACUACUUUGCUUGUAAGGAUUUCAGACAAAAGGUGAGGGAGAUGAUGAACAUGCACAGCCUGAGUAGCGCAGACUCAAUUAGGAUGGAGCACAAGGAGACCUUGUACUCUGGGCAUUAAGCUCAGGGAGGUCAAGCGCAACAGCGCAGGGCGAGAUCUCUUUGAUACCGCAGCCCCCACAAGAAAAACAGAAAGACCUGAGGAAAGGAAGUGAGUGGGAGAGACAGAGUGUGCCAGGGGUUGCAUUGUAUGUGUCAAGGUCUUGCAAUAUCUUUCUAGGGUAGAAGUUCAAAAUCAACCAACAAGUGGUUGAUUUUUUUUUUUUUUUUUUUUUUUAAUGAACAGCUUAGUCUCUUUAGUGAACAAAUGAAUGUCAUUUUGCUUACACAACACAAACCGUUUAUCGCCUCUGUAUUGUAAUAUGUGCCACAAGUGUGGUAACAGAGAAUAUGUAGCAUGACAACAUGUGAAUGAACUGUGAAUUAUAUGUACGCAUUAUUUUAGUUUUAGCUCCCUAAACAUGUUUAUUUUUGUGUCACUGUAUUGUGAUUAUCUGUGAAUGACUUGAUGUAUUUUUUACUAUUCUCUUUCGUUAUAUAAAAAAAAAUAAAUAAAUAAAUCAUUUAUUAGCA